AUGUCGACGGCUCCAUCAUCGCGUCCAUUAUUCCAGCCUCAAGGCGAAAACAUGGGUCCACCAGGAAAAGCAAUCGCUCGGCCGCGAACAGACAAUACCAAUCGACCAGUGCUAGGCGACCUGACACCAAACGCCAAACUCGACAAGCAACAACAACAACAAAGGAGCGGCAGCCCCCUCAAGCGACAAGCAAACAUCUUCGACGAUGGCAAAGGCUUCAGCUACAUCAAGCGUCGUCGUCUAUCACACAACAAUGCCCUGACGCGCCGCAUCACUCCACAACCUCCUCAGGACCAACAGAAAGCCCCCUCUCCUACCGAGCACGACUCUCACUCUGAGGGCGACAGUGGUCGCUCGUCACAGAACUCCAACGCUACCCGUGGCUCUUUCUCGUCGCUGAUCAACUACGAUCCCUCGUCGCAACAGCAAAUCUCGCAGCAACAUCACCAACAAGCCUCCUCAGCAGCGUCCAUGUCCAUCCGGACCGCUGCUCAGACUCUACGGUUACGUCUCCGUAUCGCCAUCUACAAGGUCCGCACCAAUCAGAUCAACGUGCCCUUUUCGCGUUUGCAGAUCAUCGGCAAGCAACCCACACGACACCAACAACCUCAACCACCAGCCCCUCCCUCUCCCGACGCCCUGCCUAUGGCUCCUCCGCCAUUACGCCCCUACGGCGAGAAAAACACACAAGCUUCUGAGCCACAAAGCCAAGCUCAGCAAGCUGUCUUCUCCACGCCGAACAUCUUCUCGAAUCGCUUUAUGCCGUACAACGCUCCCUCGAGCUCGCCGCCGUUAGCACACGACCCUCUGCCGCGUAUCGCGAGAGAAGCACAAGCGCGUAUGGCUGCUGCCGCCGAUAGAGAUAGUCUGGACUCCGAAGCUACUGAGUUGGCCGAAGAUCACGACGAACACCCUGUAGCCGAAAGCCCGCUGGAUAGGUCUAGAAGACAUCACAUGCUACCGCAGACGUGA